AUGUAUACACAACCCAGCCCAUGCAGUUGUGAAAGGAAGUGCAGAAGUUUCUGUUGGAACAGCCGGAAGGUUUUCAGGUUUCCCAAGAACAAAGAUGUGAGGAAGAAGUGGGAAGUGGCUUUGAGGAGAGAAGGAUUUACUGCCACUUGUUCAUUAGUGCUUUGCUGUCACCAUUUCAAGGAAGGCGAUUUUGAUAGGUCGGGUCAGAUUGUUCGACUCCGAGAUUGUGUUAUUCCAUCCGUCUUCAGCUUCCCGGUUCACCUCCAAAGAUUGGAAAAGGGCAGGGCUACGUCUACCUCCAGAAGAGCUGAAGAAAGCCUGUCCGUGGCCUCUCAGGAUUCCCAACCUCAGCCUAAUGAUGAUCAUGGCUAUGCCUUGCCUUCAUCUCCUACUGCUCUUAAGACCAGACUCAAAGAGGCCUUGGCAAGAGUGGAAAGUCUGGAGCGAGAGAAGAAGAAUGCCAUGGCCAGAGAAAAGAGGGCAGGGACCACAGUGAAGAGUCUUUUUGGGGGGAUUUGAGGGAAAAGAACCUCAUUAAUGAAGAGCUCCAAGAGAAGCUUGAAUUCUACUCCGGUGGCUGCCAACCUUGGCCUGAAUAAGAUUUUUUAAUUUAACCAGGUAAGUUGAUUGAGAACAAGUUCACAUUUGCAGCAACAUCCUGUAGUCCUAGUAUGCAUGUCUUUAUGGUGGGAAGAAACCAGAGCACCUGGAGGAAACCCACACAAACACAGGGAGAACAUGCGAACUCAGCACAGGCCCGGAACUACCUGGACUCAAACCCAGAACCUUCUUGCUGUGAGGCAGAAGCGCUAACCACUGAACCACCGUGCCGGAUAUGCUGGAGAGAAGAUGCCAGGUAGAUCAGGCUGAAUAUGGAUGUGUUUCACACAUGUUGGAUGCCAUGUCCAUCAGAAAACAUGUGCAAUAUAAUGCAGAUACCCAGUCAACGUCUGGUUUUGUAGACAUGGGUGAUGGAAUCAGUGAGACUGAUGCUGCUACUGAGGCUCUUGUGUUCAUGGUGGUUGGCCUACAAGGACAUUGGAAGGCUCCCAUUGCUUACUUCCUGACCAAGUCUCUCUCAGGGUCCUUCUCAGUCAUGCUUUGGAGGAGUUGCAUGCACGGGGCAUUCGGGUGGUAUGUGUUACAAUGGAUGGGCAUGCCUCCGAUGUCAGCAUAUGCAACCAACUUGGGUGUGAGCUGAAGGGAAACCCACGAGAGCCGCUUCAAACCAAUUUCUCGCAUCCGGUGACUGGCGAGAAAGUAUUUGUAAUGAUGGACGCUUGCCACAACUGUAACAACCAGUAGAACAUGUCCUGUUCUCUUUAUUUAUA